CGAGGCCUGGACUGAAAUACCGGCGCCUUCCCACAGGAUUUAGCAUCCCUGGCUUCCCAGGCAGCAGCCGCGGGUCCCCAGCGGAGCAUCUGCCCACAAACAUGGCUGCGCCCAGCUCAGCUUCUCCUCGCCGGGACCCGCCGGCCGGGCCGGCCUUGCCAGUACUCGGGGACUUCCUCCGGGAGCCCGCUUCCUGCACCGCUGGCAUUUAAACCGGCGCCUGGGGCUGCGGACGCCGAGCUGACCGCGGGCUGGAGCGCCGCCGCAUCCCCCGAGCGACUGGGCUGGGCAGGAGCGCAGCCGAAGCAUCCCCUAGCUGCGCCCGGGUCCGAGCAGGAGCGGUCUGGGGGGAGACCCCGGACCCCGGCAUCUGGCAGUUCAAUUACAGGUUUGACUUUAAUUUCCAAGAUCGCGACCCUCCCGCCCAGCCCGAUCUUUCUUCCCUCCCUCCGGCCUUGGUCGCUGGAUGAAGCUGGGGCUGGGCUUGGUCCCAGGAGCUUGGAAAGAGCGUGUUCUCCGCCCCGCGGCGUUGCUCCGGGGACCUCCGAGCCGCGCGCCCCGGUCAUGGUGCGGCUGAGCCCCGCGCUCGGGUGAGGCGGCGGCGCGGUUCCGAGCCCAGCGGGCCCGCCCUGCGAGGCAUUUUCCCCCCGAGGAGCCAAGGGCACCGGACGCGGGGCUCCGCGCCCUCCCGCUGGGUUGCGCGCAGGGGGCGAGCAGCGCCGCGAUGUUCAGCUGGCUGGGCACCGACGACCGCCGGAGGAAGGACCCCGAGGUCUUCCAGACGGUGAGCGAGGGGCUCAAGAAACUCUACAAGAGCAAGCUGCUGCCCCUGGAAGAGCAUUACCGCUUCCACGAGUUUCACUCGCCCGCCCUGGAGGAUGCCGAUUUUGACAACAAGCCCAUGGUCUUACUGGUGGGCCAGUACUCCACUGGGAAGACCACUUUCAUCAGGUACCUGCUGGAACAGGAUUUUCCAGGCAUGAGGAUUGGGCCCGAGCCGACCACCGACUCCUUCAUUGCAGUGAUGCAGGGUGAGGUGGAGGGGGUCAUCCCUGGGAACGCUCUGGUGGUGGAUCCUAAGAAACCCUUCCGGAAACUCAACGCCUUUGGCAAUGCCUUCUUGAACAGGUUCGUGUGUGCCCAGCUGCCCAACGCCGUGCUGGAGAGCAUCAGCAUCAUCGACACGCCGGGCAUCCUCUCUGGGGAAAAGCAGAGGAUCAGCCGAGGGUAUGACUUUGCUGCUGUCCUUGAGUGGUUCGCCGAGCGGGUUGACCGCAUCAUCCUGCUCUUUGACGCCCACAAGCUGGACAUCUCUGAUGAGUUCUCAGAAGUCAUCAAGGCCCUCAAGAACCACGAGGACAAGAUGCGGGUGGUGCUGAACAAAGCCGACCAGAUCGAGACCCAGCAGCUGAUGCGGGUGUACGGGGCCCUCAUGUGGUCCCUGGGGAAGAUAGUGAACACCCCGGAGGUGAUCCGGGUCUACAUCGGCUCCUUCUGGUCCCACCCGCUUCUCAUCCCCGACAACCGGAAGCUCUUUGAGGCCGAGGAGCAGGACCUGUUCAAGGACAUUCAGAGUCUGCCCCGAAACGCUGCCCUGCGCAAGCUCAAUGACCUCAUCAAGAGAGCCAGGCUGGCCAAGGUCCAUGCCUACAUCAUCAGCUCUCUGAAGAAGGAGAUGCCCUCCGUGUUCGGGAAGGACAACAAGAAGAAGGAGCUGGUGAACAACCUGGCUGAGAUUUACGGCCGGAUCGAGCGGGAACACCAGAUCUCGCCUGGGGACUUUCCCAACCUGAAGAGGAUGCAGGACCAGCUGCAGGCCCAGGACUUUAGCAAAUUCCAGCCUCUGAAAAGCAAGCUGCUGGAGGUGGUGGAUGACAUGCUGGCCCAUGACAUUGCCCAGCUCAUGGUGCUGGUGCGCCAGGAGGAGUCGCAGCGGCCCGCCCCGAUGGUGAAGGGUGGCGCGUUCGAGGGCACCCUGCAUGGCCCCUUCGGGCACGGCUACGGGGAGGGGGCUGGGGAGGGCAUCGGUGAUGCUGAGUGGAUCGUGGCCAGGGACAAGCCCAUGUACGACGAGAUCUUCUAUACCCUGUCACCGGUGGACGGCAAGAUCACGGGUGCCAAUGCCAAAAAGGAGAUGUUGCGCUCCAAGCUGCCCAACAGCGUGCUGGGCAAGAUCUGGAAGCUGGCGGACAUCGACAAGGAUGGCAUGCUGGAUGACGAGGAGUUCUCACUGGCCAACCACCUCAUCAAGGUCAAGCUGGAGGGACAUGAGCUGCCCAACGAGCUGCCCGCCCACCUCCUGCCACCAUCCAAGAGGAAAGUUGCCGAGUGAUGGGAGGAGGAGGUUCAGAGCAGGCAGGUGUUACAGGAGAUGGGAGAGGCGGACACACACACACACACACACACACACACACACACACACAUACACUCACGGGCACAGAUCUGGAGAACCGCACAGCAGGUGAGAGGGAUCAGCCAUCCUCAGGUUUCCAGGCUGGACACAAGUUCUCAGCAUCGGCAGAAGCACAGGGUCCCAGCUCCCAAGCCUCCGUCUCCAUCCCUCUCUCCUUUCCGUCUUCCCCUGCCCAGAGGCCCGCCUCCUCCUGCAGAGGCAGGUAGUUCACCGCCCACAUGGCCCACCCACCUCCACAUUCCCUGGACUCGGGACAGAUGGAAAUACUUUCCACUUACUAGACAAUUCACUUUGUUUUCUGAGCUUUCUCCCUGUCUUUAGCUUCCUAAUAUGAAAUCUGCUCCGAGGCCGGGAGGUGUGUGGAAAGGGGCUGCUGCAAGGAGGGGGCUGGGAGAAGAGGUGUCCCCCGGAAUCAGGUCCCACCUUGAAGAGACAUGGCCCUGAACUCCCUUGCGGCCUCAGGCUCCGUCUGCCUCGUCAAGUCUGGCUUUGAAACACACACAGCCUCCUCCCCGCAACACUUUAUUUCAAAGGAUCCCAGGGAGAGGGAAGAGUCGGAAAGCUGGCAGGAAAGAAAGCAGGAGAGCUUCCUUGUCGUCCUCUCCUCAAAGCCAGUUGGAGGUGGCUUCAUUCCGCAGAUUUUGUGAGGUUCCUAUUGUUUCCACCUGACCUCUGACGUGUGGAUGCCCAGACUCACGGUUACCCAGCCCCUCCUGUAUGCCAGGACCUGUGCUCGGCACUUUGCAGGCAUCAGCCCGUGGGGCCCUCAUCACUCCCCAAGGGAGUGUGCAUUAGUGCCCCCAUUUUUCAGACGAGGAGUCUGAGACUCAGAGUUUAAGGGACCUUCCAAAGUCCCAGAGGUCACACACGAUGGAGAAGGACUCAGAGCCAGGGCCUCGCUCUUCCUUCUGCCUCAAAGAUCUCGGCAUCGCUAGCCCACGACCAGCCACAGAGGGCGAGCUCAGUUUGCAGGCCCCUCCGCUUCCCAGAGCCGGCUGGCGAGCGGGAAGGGCCAGCAGCCCUUGGUGGGCCAUCAGUCUGGCCAUCUGUCACAUCGCAGAAGCAAACCGUGCCUUCUGGCUCUGUGCCCCAUGUUCCUAAAAUUGCCGCAGUCCCACAGCGUCAGCAGGAGAGUGGGCCUGCCUGCUGGAUGCUGGAUGCUGCUGCCGCCUGUCCCUGCUCCCCCUCCCACCAGAGCUGAGUCACUGACUCUGUGAUGUGGGACCUCAUGCUGACUCUCAGAGGUCUGAAGUGUCCCUGGCAGGACCGCCAGCAACUGCAGUGUCCUCGACACAUCCCCACCAUUCUCCAUGCCCUGCUCCCGCCUCCAUGGUCUCUCCCCUGAUUUGCUUCACGGCCACUGAACCAGUCACUUUGUAUGCUAUGCUCCUACUGUGAUGGAAAACAAAAGCGAGUAUAACUUAUUUUAUAUCUAUGUUCAGACUAUAGAGAGAAUAUUCUAUGUAUCUAUGAUGUGCCCACUACUGUAGUGCAUUUGUCAUUAGUGUUCAUGUUAAUACAGCACAUGUAUCCUUUGGUA